AUGGAAGUACUUAUUUCGAGUGAUAAAGAAAGAGAUCAAAAUGAGAUAGCAUCAGCAACAAUGCAUAAAAUUGUGUUUCCUAAACUGAGGGAAUUAAUUCUUGGACGCCUGCCAAGUUUUACUGUUAUCUGCAAGACCAUUAAUGCAAUUAAGCUGCCACAAUUGAACCAACUAAUACUCUAUAAGAAACCAAAGCUCAAUAGUUUUUGCAAUGCUUCAGAGAGCAAUUACAAUACCAUUCAACCUCUCUUCAAUAAGGUUGAAUUAAUUGCCAUUGAAAAAUUGUUGAUCUUGUCAAUGCAUAACGUGAUAGAGAUAUGGCCUGGGAAACAUCUGCAAAAACUAAGAGACAUGAUAAUUUUUAGGAAAGGCUGUUCAGAUAUCAUACUCCCUUCAUUAACACAAUUGAUGCUACUUUAUCUACCAAAGUUGACACAUGUUUGGAAGGACAAUUUACCAAUAAUUCAAGGCUUUCAGAACCCAACAUCCUUAAUAAUAAGUGGUUGUGGUAGUUUGAGAAAUAUAUUCUCACCUUCUCAAGCCAGACUUCUUGUGAAACUACAAGAAAUAAAGGUAACUGAAUGUGGUGUGCUGGAAGCGAUCAUUGGUGAGGAACCAAAAGUAGAUGACAAAGUUAUAGCCAAUAUAAUCAUGUUUCCUCAACUAAGUAGUCUUAAACUCUAUCAUCUGCCAAACCUUAGGAGUAUAUGUCCCCCGGCUUAUGCAGUUGAAGGAUCAUUCUUGAAGAAGAUAGAAGUGAUUAAUUGUCCCAACAUGAAGGCACUCCCCUCAGCAUUCUAG